GACUGAAGAGCUGAGCGCGCGCUGAGCGACCCUCCUCCUCAUCAUCAUCAUAAGGAAUGGCUAAAGUAGCGUGGAAAGAAGUCUGCAGAUUUGCAUUCCUCACUCACUUUAUCAUGUUCUCUUACAUUUCUCUGGCCACUUCAGUGAGUGUCGAUUUAACAGAGCUUCGAAAUAAGGUUUCAAAAAUCCAAGUAAAUCCGAGGGGAAAUCUUUGGGCGACAGGGCACUUCAUGGGGAAGAAGAGUGUUGCGGACAGCCUGCUACUCGAGUCCGCGAAGGAAGGCGCGUCCGCCGCUGCGGGGACACCUGUGCGCAUGCGCGCUCUCGGCGAGCCGCUCCUUCGGGACCCACGGAGGGACGCGCCGGACGCAGCGCAUUCCAGCCUCCCGGAAACCGAUUUAAUGAUGAAAAUACUGAAGAGCUUCGGGUGGAAGCGCAGGAAGUGAGCAGAGCCAUGUGGUGCGCGCGCGCACGCACGCACACACACACACACACACACACAAUGUGGAGUAUGUAUCUCUCCCAAUUAUUCACUUAACAGGUUCUCAGUACUGAUUCUUUCCAGCCUUUAUAAGAUCGUCUGUACUUGUGUACUAAAG